CUGGUGACAAGCCUUCUUCCUCAUCCUAGACGAUUAUCCUCUGCUCGCUCUGUUGCGGAAAGGUUAACCCUGUGUCUGCGAAUGCCACAUAUUUGAACGGGGACAGUAGGGAUCUCUACCUGGCUUCAAUCAACCAUCUCCGGCUCUACGAUCUCUGGGGUUAAUACCAUGGCUUUCGAGUUGGAAACAGCUCAUUCUCGUAAAGAUCAGCUCGAAAUCGACGCCAGCCCCCUGCAAGGACCUACAUCCGCCCCAGCCGUCCCCUCUCCUCGCGUUCUUGAGCGCUCCAACUACCCAACGAGAGCGUCGACGGUCAGCUCCACACACGAUCUCAACCGUAAUCAUGCUUCCUCAAAACAUGAUCUCGCCGCCCAUGCUCACAGCGAGGACUUGAACCAUACCAUGGUCAAGUACGACCCCGCAACUAUGGCGGGCUCUCUUCCAAUGCCUUCUCCCGCGUUCAGGUCCGGCAGUCGGCCUACUACCCCUGGAGGUUCGAGCCCGCAGGCCUCCAUCGCAGGAGCCGUGUUCGAGCCGCGCGGCCGUCGCACUAGCACAACCUCACAAUCCUCAUCGAUUUCUAACACAUCCAACUCGAGUUCUCCCACCAAGGCAGGCGCGACCUCCGUUUCAUCCUCCACCUCAGCCAACAUGGCUUCUUCAACGUGUGCGGCAUGUGGUGGCUCUAUGACCGGUGCCUUUGUUCGUGCACUAGGAACCAUGUUUCACCUUCAGUGCUUCAAAUGCAUGGAUUGUGGAGAAGUCGUCGCAUCCAAGUUCUUUCCCAUUGAUGGCCCCGAUGGCAAACAGCAACCUCUCUGCGAGAGAGACUACUUCCGCCGCUUGAACCUUAUAUGUGCUAAAUGUGGGCAAGCACUGCGUGGAAGCUACAUUACGGCGUGCAACAAGAAGUAUCAUGUCGAGCACUUCACUUGCUCUCUAUGUUCGACACUCUUCGGCCCCCAGGAUUCCUAUUAUGAACACGACGGAGAUGUCUAUUGCCACUUUCACUACUCGACUCGCUUCGCAACGAAAUGCGCAGGUUGUAGUAGUGCAAUCCUCAAACAAUUUGUUGAGAUCAACCGCAACAAUAGGGACGAAUGCUGGCAUCCGGAGUGUUAUAUGAUCAACAAGUUCUGGAACGUCAAAGUUGUCUCGCGCCGGCAGAGUACCGUCUUGCCCGACGGAGCGGAGGUGGAACCACCCUACGUGGAGGAUGAAAAACGCGAGACAGCAGUUACUUUGAAAGAUAAGCAAGUGAGGAUGGAGCAAUUGGUAUACCGCAUCUGGACUGUAUUGUCGGCAUAUGAGGAAUCCAGUGCUGCAUGCAUCUCUGAUAUGUUGCGGCAGGUCAGCAAUGGCCAGUAUCUGGAUGCCAUUCGCAUGGCCGAGAAGUUUAUCCUUCACGUUGAAGUCCUCUUUGGCACCAUCGACGAUCUCGAGUAUCAUUCGGCCCGUCUUAAUUUGAAAGGCAUGUCGCAUGUCCGAGAGGCCAGAAUGCUGUGUCGUAAGACUGUCGACCUCUUCACGCUGUUAUCACGCACGCAGGAGACGGGUUCACGAAGGAUGGGGAUGACACAGGAACUACUCGCGCUCGUGACAGGCAUUGCCCACUACCUGAAGAUUCUCAUUCGUAUCGCGCUCACUGGUGCGCUUAAGCUCGAGCGUGAGCAAAGCGUCCGUGAUGCGAUGCCGUCAUUCCUCGAUAAGUUGCAUCUUUUGGCCGUUCAAGGUGGUGACCCGGCCGCCCGGCGUAUCAUCAGAAGCGGGCACGGAGAGGUGGUUGGUGUGGGCAGAACUUCAAACUCAGGCACACAGGGUGUUACAUAUGGCUAUAAGAGCCUUGCGCCAGAACUCGCUGGCGAGAGCCCUUUCUCUUCAGCAUCACCUCCUCGUCUUUCUGUCAACAACCCACCUUCGGAUCGGUGCAUUAAGUGCACGCAAGCUGUAGAAGAGGACUGCGCGCGUCUUGGUACAUACCAGCGGUGGCACUCACACUGUCUCCAGUGCAGCGCGUGUGGCAAGCCUGCCGCGGUCAAGGAGCCGCCUCCCCCAAAGCUGACGCCGGAAGAGAAGGAAAAAAUGAAGGAGCAGGGAGAGUCUGUGCCAAAGCCUUCUUCUAGCCGGAAGCAACCCCCAAUUGUCGAUGACUAUCUGUAUGAUGUGGACAAGAUGACAGACUCAGCCUCAUUCGGCAAGAUUCCUACGCUCAUUCUCUGCACUGAACACGCUCAUCAAGGCUGCCGAAGCGGAUUUCAAGCGGUGUCGCGGUUGGAGCAAUAUGCGUUUUUGCUGAAUAUUGCGCUCCGGCGAUUGUAUCUUGUCCUAAAACAACAGGGCGUAGUGCCGCUAUCUCCCGUCGCGUCUACGGCGACUAACACGAGCCAAAGGGCAGACGAAGAUCCUUACCGCAACUCUGGCGAUAUAAUGCGUAUGAAAUCAGUACACCUUGAUCGCAAGUUGUCCGCCACAGCGCGUUUGCCAAAGCGUUCAAUGGUCAUUGAGAGCCCAGCAGGCCGAACUGUCCAUCCCACAGACGCUGCAGUCCAGCGUUCCGCUCCCGCUCCUCAAGAAGUUCGGGCACCACAACCCCAGCGGGCCGCCGUUCCAGGUCAACUUGUUCCUGGCCGUCAUGCACAGCAGAUGGCCGUUGGACCCGCACCUACUUCAUCGCAGCCGCCCUCGCGGGCACAAAUUCGCUCUCCAGGAAUGCUUGACACAACAUCAGUGGGUCAAGUGCUUCGACCAUCAUUUGCUCGGAGUAACACAGAGGUUAAGAUUGUGGAAGAGUCGGCGCCAAAUUCGCCAGCUGGCCAGUACGAGGAAGGCCCGCCAUUACGGGCUGCUGACGAUGGUAUUACGCUCGCGGAUAUUCCACAGCUAAUGGAAGCAGCGCAGGCGCGUGAGCAGCAGCGGUCACUGCCAAGGCAGUCGACAAUCCCGCACAUCGCCGAGCUGAGUGCGCUGGAACUCGCGAUCGUCAAAUAUUCUGCGGUACUUGCGUUGCAAAGGUCUCCCUUGAAGGAUCUGUUCGACCUUGACGAAAUCUUGGAUUUAAUCGAGACGAAACGGCCUGGAUUUUGGAAGCAGUUGUUUAAGUCUGGUGACAAGAAGAACGUCAAGAAGAAGGGUACCUUCAACAUGCCGUUAGAACUUCUCGUGGAGAGGGAGGGAGCUGAUUCAUUGCUGGGAGCUACUCGUGCCACGCUGCGGGUUCCGAGUUUUGUUGAUGAUGUUGUUUCAGCUAUGCGACAGAUGGAUAUGUCAGUCGAAGGUAUCUUCCGGAGAAACGGCAACAUUCGGAGGCUCAAAGAUCUCGCUGAUGCCAUUGACCACGAUCCAUCAUCGGUGGAUCUAUCCCAAGACAACCCUGUGCAGCUCGCAGCUUUGCUGAAGAAGUUUUUGCGAGAGAUGCCCGAGCCGCUUCUGACAUUUAAACUUCACCGGCUAUUGAUUGCUUCUCAGUCCUCUCAAAUUGUUCUGCAGGAAGAAGAACGCCUACGUCUCCUUCACCUCGUCUCCAUUCUAUUACCCAAGGCCCACCGGGACACAAUGGAGGUAAUCUUCGUUUUCUUGAAAUGGGUUGCCUCGUUCUCGCAUCUGGAUGAGUCGACUGGCAGUAAGAUGGACCUCCCGAACUUGGCGACUGUCAUCUGUCCAAGUAUCUUGUACGCAAGGGGCAGAGAUGCAGUUCGUGAUGAAAGUUUUGGUGCUAUCCGGGUGGUCACGUCACUUCUUGAAAACCAAGACGAGUUUUACACUGUCCCAGAAGAGUUCUUGCCCAUCUUAAACGACCAGGACUACUUCGCUAGUAGCAUGGACAUGCCAAGCAAGGAUUUCCUCAAGAAGUGCGACACGUACAUGCGGCUGAAGGCAAGUGGGCGAACACCGACGGCAGGUUUUGCGAACCCUCCCGGCGCAACGUCACCUAAAUUACCACCUCAACCCGAUAGGCCGAUUCUGGUUACAGCCCCCAGUGAACCUCAGAUACGGAACGGUCGGCAACAAUCGCCUCACCCUCACCCUGGGGCCGUACAUGCCCCGAUGUCCUAUCCGUCGCCAAACAACUCCGCCUCCUUCUCGCAGAACGCUGCGUUCAUCCAUGGUCAGCAGCAACAGCAGCAACAGCUCCGGAGCCCACACCCUAUUGAAGGUGACUGGACGACCGUGCAGCCGCCGUGGCCUGAUACGAAUAGCUCGAAUUCGUCUCCACGGCCGGCCUCUUACGUACCUGCGCGGUUGAGUGGUGAGCACUCGGCGCCGCCAUCAGUCAAUGGGCACCAGCCUCGGCCAUGAUCUGUAGAGCUGUAGUAUGCCCUUCCGCGAUACCACCAAUCGCCCUCCCUGUUCUUUUUUCUGACCCCCGCCUAUACCUCCG